AGGAAAAAUAAGGAUUAAAUGAGAGGUUAAGACCUAACUUAAAAGCUUAAUUAAAAUUUAGGUGGCAACAGCUAUGUCCUAAUAAUUUACGUACGCUACUUGACUACUUUGAAUUCCUAAAUGUAUUCUUUAUUUUUUUCAUACCCCACUACUUGUGUUUUCUUUUGAGUCUUCUCAUGUGGCAAUUUUCUAAUCCUAACUAACCACCAGUCUAGCGUCAAUCCCAGGCACACGUUUUGGAACCCAUCUCUCUAAUUUCUCUAAUUCCUGUGGUUGCUACUUUUUACGCCUAUAGACCCAUUUCAUUGGUCAGAGUCAAAGUUGGUCCACCAAUAGGAUGCUUCGACGCAUUUCCAUACCAUUCCUACUCAAGACCAGAACGGAAGUCUUGGUCUUCUAUCAGCCUUCAUUGUAAAAUACUUGCAUUGACCCGAUUUGCAUUGGACCGAGUUCAUGAGCGGCCUACUUAUGAAUACGUUGUACUUUGUGGGGAGGGCAUCAGAUCUUGAUUGUGCGCCUAAUCCCAACGCAAAUCUGUUUCUUAACCACUGCCUUGUGGGGAGGGUUUGUGCCAUUGCCUACAGAUGCCAGUCUCAAAUACCAAACAAACCAUGAAGCGUGAAGGUUGUGCUUUCUUCCGGGAUCCUGCUGAUGGCUUGAAUCAAUGACUCUGUAGAGAGGUGAUAACUCAGAAUUGGAGUACACUUGAGAAAUGAUCACCUUGUUUCGUUCUCGGGUGGUCUCGAGCACCGUCCUACUGCUUUUUUUUAAUUGUCUUCUUCAUGGAUUUCGCAACCUGGUUCUGGCUGAUAUCCCGGAAAAGCUCUGCCCCGACAACAGUUCAAAUGCCACGAACAGUGCAUAUCAGGACAACCUCAUUGAGCUCACUUCUUCUAUGCGAAAGAAAGCUUCUUCCUCCAAGUUUUUCCAGGACUCGUCUGGGAACUACCCAAGUAAAGUUUAUGGUCAAUACAUGUGCCUGAACUAUGUCUCCAAUUCAACAUGCCAAACUUGCAUAGCCAAGGGAUCGGAAGACAUCCAGAAGCUUUGUCCAAACAAGAUGGAAGCAGCUGUUUGGGAGGAAGAUUGCCAGUUGCGCAUAUCCAGCCAAGAAUUUUUUGGCUGUCUGACUGAAGGAAACAAGCAUCAAUUCAAUCCGAAAAAUACAUCCGACCCUGUCAAGUUCGGGUUGGUGGUGACUGAAACUUUAAGCUUUCUUGCCCAGAAAGCAGCUCUUGAGUCUCCAGCGACUCACUAUGCUACCAAGGAAAAGGAUUUUGAAUUGGACUCGAAUGAGACUUUACAUGCUCUUGUUCAGUGCACUGCGGACUUAACAGCACAUGAUUGUCACAAGUGCCUCCAAGAAGCAAUAAGUUAUGUGAGGGAUUGCUGCAAUUUUUCGAUCGGAGCAAGAGUUCUAAGUCAAAGUUGCUACUUGAGAUAUGAGUUAUAUGAUUUUUAUGAACCAUCCGAGCCUGUGAAGAAGUCUGCAGGGAAAAGUCGUGGAUCAAAGCUUUCACAAUUUCAUCGCUCUGCUUGGUGGCAAUCAGUUUGUGUUCUUGGAUUUUCUUCAUCAUCAUCAAAAGUAACAAUCUUUAUCCUAAUGGUGAUUUGGAAGAAAGACCUUGCAGGUAGACAAGGUCGACCUCUGCUUACCAGUGAUUCUGCUCAUGGUAUUCUUCCAUUCCAACACACCCCAGUAAACACUCUUACUAAAGUUCAAGAUCAUCCGUACUUUGAUAUGAGAUGCAUACUCGCAGCUACCAACAACUUCUCAGAUACACUAAAACUAGGACAAGGUGGAUUUGGUCCAGUUUACAAGGGCAUUUUAUGGGAUGGGAGAGAAGUUGCGGUGAAGAGGCUAGAAAGCUGGUCAGAGAAGGGUUCCGAAGAAUUCAGAAACGAAGUCCUACUAAUAAUGAAACUUCAACAUAAGAAUCUUGUCAAGCUUCUGGGAUUUUGUGCAGAACGAGAGGAGAAGUUGCUUGUCUAUGAGUAUAUGCCAAAUAGAAGUCUUGAUGUCUUUCUCUUUGAUGCACAGAGAAGGAUCGAGCUGAGUUGGAGCAGACGUCUGAACAUGAUCAUUGGCAUCGCUCGAGGGGUGCUAUAUCUUCAUGAGGAUUCUCGUCAAAGAAUCAUCCACAGAGACCUCAAAGCAAGCAAUGUGUUAUUGGAUUGCAACAUGAACCCAAAAAUCUCAGACUUUGGACUGGCAAGGAUCUUUGCAGGAACAGAAAAUGAAGCAAAUACUGCUACAUUAGUUGGAACCUAUGGUUACAUGGCGCCAGAGUAUGCAAUGGAGGGGUUAUAUUCCAUAAAAUCAGAUGUCUACAGCUUUGGAGUUCUCUUGCUUGAAAUAAUAACAGGGGAGAGAAAUGCCGGCUUUUGGCAGUCAAGACAUGCCUCGAGUCUCCUAGCCUAUGCUUGGCAACUAUGGAAUGAAGGAAGAGCAAUGGAGUUGAUGGAUCCAUUGCUGCACAAUGAGUGUUGUCCAGCAGAAUUCCUGAAAUGUGUCCAAGUCGGACUUUUGUGUGUUCAAGAAGACGCGUUUGACAGGCCAACCAUGUCGGCUGUCAAUGUGAUGCUCAAAAGGGAUGCUGUAAUUCUCCGUCAACCUUUCAAACCCGCCUUCUCGGUCGGCAGAUUCACUCAUCAUUCCAAUGGACAUGUUGAAGACGAUAAUUGUUCCGUUAAUAGCUUGACAGUUUCUGCUGUGGCACCUCGGUGAGAAAAGUCUACCCUAGGAGAUAAGCACGGUUCUUUGCCCAAGUAUACUGCUUGGACAUGGUAACGUCUACACUAGUUACUCAUUAAAGAACCGGUUCUUAACCAUAAGCUGUUUAAUCAUGUGAUGUUGUCUAUCUUGGCUUGGAAGACUUCACGUUGAGGACCUUAUCAUUCUCCAACCUUCCUCGUUGAUUUUUGCGGCUCUUGAGCUGGAAAUUAAAGCUCCUUAUGUGAAUCCAUGUUCUCCUAGCGUAAGACGGAAAAAGAAAAGAGAGUUAGUCUAUGCCCUAGAUAAGGUUAUCUCAUUGUAAUAUAAGUUCUCACUGAACUAUGUCCAAUCUUUGUGAGGUUUAUCUAUCCUCUCUAUUUGUAGAGUCAAUAUCAUCAUUAGGAUUUUUAGUCA